AUGUCUCAGGCAACACCUAUUAAACGUACGUUGCACUUCCUACAGCACAACUUUCUGGACUGACGUGGGACCAGAGGAUAGAAUAGAGAGACAUUUAGCACGACAACGAGGUGCUGGGUACGUACGAGUCCGAGUACGAUGCACUCGUAAUCUCGCUGAUAUCAACACAGUGUGCGAACAAUCUCGACCAACUUCGGCUUCUCAUUCGGUAUACCCUUCCAACCUACCACCAACGCAGCUACUUCGUCAACUGAGCCAGCUACGAAGAAAAGGAAACUAGCAAGUGGAAUCGAGGGAGAGAUCGGUACUAGGUGCAAGAUUGAAAAGAGGACUCGUGCAAAGAGUACCCACUGUCAAGAUGAGCCAGCGGGCGAGAAAAAGGCCAGGACACGGAGGAGGUUGGACACAAACAUCGAGGAGGAGGUCUCUCCUCCGAAGCUGAUCGCAGAAGAGAACUUUACUGUGAUCAAUGAAGCAGCAAAGAAGAAAAGAGGAAGACCCAAGAAGGCUCCUGUGGUGGAGGUUGCGAAGCAGGAGAGUCUGCAGAACGAUGUCCACGAGACAAGCAGUAGGCCUAGACGGCGUGCUGCUGCAUCCGCUGUGGCUCGAGUGACGGAAGGAUUCAUUGAAGAGAAAGCCCCAAUAGACAAGAAGCGUCGAGAUGCGGAGCCUUUGCAAGAACGCCGCAGAGGACGCAAGCCAAAACCUCAGGCACCCCAACCCAGCAGCUCUUUGGCCCUUGAACCUGAAGCCGUCCCAGAAGAGGCUACGCAGAGCUUACAGCAGGAGCCUGAUGUUCGUUCUGAGCGACCUAUCCCUGUUGCAAGAGACCCACGCGCACGCUCAGCCGCUGCGAUAUCUCAAGAAGACGAGGGCACAAGGAAAGCAAAGAAGCGCUCGAAGCGCAAAAGGGAUGUUGCCGUCGACGGAAACGAGGCUGCUUCGAAUGAUUCCAACCUCGACAAAAAGCCGAAAACUGGACGUCGAGCUUUACAAGAGACGAGCACCAACGCUAUCAUCGGCAGCAUGUCCCCAGAGAAGUCAGAGAAAGCACAGCUAGAGAAGGCACCACCAGAACAUCACGUUGAAUCGAGGGAAUCUCAGCAUCUCUCGGAGAAAGGUGGACCGAAACGACCACGUAAGACAGCAAAACAGAAUCGCAGCUCAGCGAGAUUAGAGAAUGGCGCAGAGUCAGGUCGCAUCCCCCCUGAGGCUGCAGGUCGCCAGGAGGUCUCCAUCAAUGAUCGCGAGACUGAAGCCAGGCGUCUGAAUUCCGACCAGAAGGCCAUGCCUUCAGCUGGCGCGGGCACGAGGAGGAGGCCGGCCACGCAAGACAAAGCUAGUUUAGUACGCUUACCUAACAACACCAACGAUGCAGAAGACGAUCCUACACGACAUCAGGUCUCGAGCGUCCCGUCGCCUGCCAUGAAGGAGUCGCGGAAAAUGAGAUUGAAGAACACCAGAGCAGUCGUCAAGCAGGACAAGAUCAAUCUGCAGACGAGGACUCGCGCGGCAAGGCCUAUGGAAGAGACGGAAAAGAGGGAAAGCAAAGACACGACUACGACGGACGAAGCAGAUGAACUGGAUUGGCUUUUGGAGCAACCCAAGCAGGCCCGUCCCUCACGGCAGCGAACAAUCACGCGAACGCGGAAGCCGACCCAUCAUUCAUCAAAAGAUGCAGACGAUGUAGAUCUGGACGAUCUUUUGUCCAAUAUCGCAGCUUUCGUGCCUCUGAGUAUGAGGGCUGCUGGAGGUUGCGGAAAGUGA